UCAAACUAGAAGAUCUACAGCUUGUUUGUAAUACGUAUAUUUAUUGGUAGUAUGCAUGCUGCAUCGUUUAUUUAUCGCUAAUAUGCAUGUUGCAACGGUUUUUAUUUUGUUGGUCAUUUUUGUUUCUAUGUAUAGAGGUGAGGUUACAGUCGAUAUAGAUAAGUCUGUGGUAUGUGAAAGAGAAUCGGUUACUUUAACAUGUACGGUUAAAAUACCAAAUGUUAACCCACCAACUUUUAUUCAUUGGAAACGAAAUAAUGAGUGGAUUUCAUCUGGUUAUAAUGUUACCGUUGAUUUAAAUGCUGGUAAAAGUUAUGUAUACAUCAACAGUGCAUCAACUCUAAGAGACGGGGGAAACUGGCAGUGUACAGGUGGAAGCUUUAGUGGCACGGGCAGUGCAGGUCAGAGCAUUCAGGAUACGGGCACUGCACAUCUUUUGAUUUCAGCUCGAGCAACAGCCACAAUCAAAGAUAAGGGUAGAUUAUUAUUUACUGAUGGUAUGGUAACAAACAUCACGUGUUAUACAGGAACACUAGAUCCAAACGUGUCAUUCACGUGGUAUUUAGAUUCAACAGAUAAUGUACCACCAGAACAGACUAGUGGUGUUAUAGAUGGUGCAACAGCUAGUAUCUUACAAUUAACUAGUACCAAACACCUAAACAAUAAAACACUCUACUGUUCAGCUACCAAUCAGUGUGGUACUGGUAAUACAGAUAAUAUCACUCUUGAUAUUAGAUCUAUACUAGAAUCGCCAAGUGAAUUAAUAUUAGACCGUUUAUCGCAUAAUUCGGUCUGUAUUAAGCUAAAACCAGGUUUUGAUGGUGGAGACAGCCAGAGGUUUAUUUUUGAAUAUUCUGUCGACAACGGAACUUGGGUGACCGCACCAAUAGUAGAACUAACUAAAGAAGGCGAUGUUUUAAACCGCUGUAUAGAAAACCUCAUCCCAGACAGCGACUACUAUGUGAGAGUAAUUGCUAGUAACAAGUUUGGUUCAUCAAAACCAGUCUAUCUGGCGUUAAGAACAUCAGCUGCACCGCUUAAAUCUGGCGGCAAUGAUCAUAAAGAGAACAGCACCGUCAUCGCUUUGGUCGUUUGUUUAUGUUUUGCCUGUUGCAAAAUUUAUUGGUCUUAUCAUUGUGGAGAUUUAUCAACGUAGACAAUCAGCGAUUCUUCAAGGGCAAGUAGAAACAAUACAAACAAUUCGUCAAUCUACAACAGCCUAUAAUUGAAUACUAGAAGUUAGUCCAGUCUAAAUAAGGGUUGACCUAGAACACAUUGCAACACACGGUACCUUUGUAAUCACCCUCUACAGCAUACUCAAAGCUCUAUGAAGAUCGGGGUGUGCAAAUGGGAAAAUUUACAUAAAUUCAAAAUGCUAACUUUUUACAUAAAUUCCAAAUGGCCCCGAAUGGUAUUUUAAUCUUGUAAAAUUAUAACAGAGACAAAUAUGACUUCGAAAAUCAGAGAGCUUUGGAUAUGUUGCAGUGGAUGAUCCCACGAACACAACGGUAAACAGAAACCUACUGUUGCAAUUUGUUCUAGGUGGCCCUAAAUUUCACGUAGAUUGACUGGACUAAGUGUAUCAUUACCCAAUCCAUAUAGCAGUUUACCCGAAACAUCCAGAAAUAACCCAAUAUCCAGUUCAUAUGCCAAUUUCGGUGAAACAUCCGGAAAUAAAGCCAUUUCCAGUGCAUAUGCCAAUUUAGGUGAAGUCCGUCCAGCAAAUUUAUGUAUUCUAACCACAAGGCUGGUAGACUGAUGGUGACCAUUCAUCUAAAGUGACAGAUUGAUGCAUGAGACAUGUUAUGCAUUCCCUUUCUAGAACACACGAAACCACGUUUUAGUACAAAACCGCGUGAUAAGCAUCCACC